GCUGUUGCGCGGAGCCGCCCCCGGCCGCGGGGGCCGGACCGGGCGGCGCUGGCAGCGGGGCCGGGGCGGACAUGAGGACCGAGAUCUCCACGGCGGCCGCGUUCGUGACCCGCCUCCUGCGGGCCGCCGGCGGGGUCGGCGAGGAGCAGCUGCGGUGCUUCCGCGAGUGCCUGCAGGAGGCGAUGCGCGAGCACUACAAGCACCACUGGUUCCCCCUGGUGCCCUCCAAGGGCUCCGGCUACCGCUGCAUCAGGAUCAACCAUAAGAUGGACCCCUUGAUAGGAAAGGCGGCGGGGAUGAUCGGACUGAGCCACGARAGGCUCUUCCAGCUCUUACCCAGCGAAUUAACACUGUGGGUCGACCCCUUUGAAGUGUCCUAUCGCAUAGGUGAGGAUGGGUCUAUCUGUGUGCUCUACGAAAGCCCCCAGCCUGGGGGGAAGGCGGCCAAACAGCUGGAGAGCAGGACCAGCUGCAAGGAGGAGUGGAGAAUUGGCAGAUCCAGCCCUUCCAAGAGUUACAACAUGAUGACGGUUUCUAGUUAAAAACAACUCUUCCCUGUACAAUGUUGUAUGUAUCCCAACCUCGUGGUAAAGUUAGAUGUAACUGAGCUUUUUGUUUUUUAGUUUUUUUUUUCACCCUGUAGUCAUUAAAGUCGUGGUAGUACUGCCAAGUUCUUCGUGGCCAAGGGCUAAUGUAUAAAGCAGUUCUUUACACUGCAUGUUAUUUUCUGGGUUGUGUCCUGUAAAUGCACUGUACAGUCGGUGGAUCGUUUUACACAUUUAUAUUUUCGAAGAAGUUUUGGCUAUUUGUAAUAAAAAGCARUAUUGUAGCACUCUUUAUGAUGGGUUUUAGUCAAAAUUAGCACUUGCUAAAAAAUUAAAAAUCUGCAAUUUGCAGAGCAAUAACACAGAGGGGGAGGGGGUGGGAAACAGAUCUAACAAACUGCACAUAAAUCUUUCCAGUGAUUUGUCUGCACAGACUUCUCUCAGGGUCAUUCAGGUUUGACUGUGAGGCACAAAUCACAAAAAUAACUUCAUUUUCCCCUUUUCAAAGCAUACAUUUAUUUGAGGGCUGGAUUCCAUCGCAACCCAACAUUUUAGCAAAAGGAAUUGGGGAAUUAGUUGUCUUGUUAUUUCUAGUUAAUGGGAGUAGAAAAAUAAAGGCUUGCUUGAACUGCU